GUAUCGGAAUUUUGAUCAGCCUCAUCGAUUCUAUGUAGCUGAUGUAUACACUGAUCUUACUCCACUCAGUAAAUUCCCAUCCCCUGAAUAUGAAACUUUUGCUGAAUAUUAUAAAACAAAGUAUAAUCUUGACCUUACCAAUCUCAACCAGCCACUGCUGGAUGUGGACCACACAUCUUCAAGACUUAAUCUUUUGACUCCUCGCCAUUUGAAUCAGAAGGGGAAAGCACUUCCACUAAGCAGUGCUGAGAAGAGGAAGGCAAAGUGGGAAAGUUUGCAGAAUAAGCAGAUACUAGUUCCAGAGCUCUGUGCUAUACAUCCUAUUCCUGCAUCAUUGUGGAGAAAAGCAGUUUGCCUCCCCAGCAUACUUUAUCGCCUGCACUGCCUUUUGACGGCAGAAGAACUAAGAGCUCAAACAGCCACUGAUGCUGGUGUAGGGGUUAAAUCACUUCCUGCAGAUUUCAGAUAUCCUAACUUGGACUUCGGAUGGAAAAAGUCUAUUGACAGCAAAUCUUUCAUCUCUAUUCCUAACUCUUCUUUAGUAGAGAAUGAAAAUUACUGUAAGCACAGCACAAUUGUAGUCCCUGAAAAUGCUGCACAUCAAGGUGCUAAUAGAACCUCUUCUAUAGAAAACCAUGACCAAAUGUCUGUGAGUUACAGAACAUUGCUCAAUGAGUCACCCAGUAAACUCCAAAUUGAUGUCUCGGCAGAACUUGCAGCAAUUAAUGGUGUUUCUUACAAUAAAAAUCUUGCCAAUGGCAAUUGUGAUUUAGUUAACAGAGACUUUUGCCAAGGAAAUCAGCUGAAUUACUGCAGGCAGGAAAUACCUGUACAACCAACUACCUCAUAUCCCAUUCAGAAUUUAUACAACAGUGAGAACCAGCCCAAGCCCAGCAAUGAAUGUACUCUACUGAGUAAUAAAUACCUUGAUGGAAAUGCUAACAGAUCUACCUCAGAUGGAUGCCCCAAAAUGGCAGUGACGACCAGUACUUCAAAAGCUAUUAAUCUUUCAAAAGACAGAGCAGAUUCUGAAAAGAACCCUUCCAGUGGGUACUCCUCAAAAACUCUUGGUCCUAAUCCUGGUCUCAUUCUUCAAGCUUUGACUCUUUCAAAUGCUAGUGAUGGAUUUAAUCUGGAGCGGCUAGAAAUGCUUGGUGAUUCAUUUUUAAAGCAUGCCAUCACUACAUACUUGUUUUGCACUUACCCUGAUGCUCAUGAGGGACGGCUGUCAUAUAUGAGAAGCAAAAAAGUCAGCAACUGUAACUUGUAUCGCCUCGGAAAAAAGAAAGGACUGCCUAGUCGUAUGGUGGUAUCGAUUUUUGAUCCCCCGGUCAAUUGGCUUCCUCCUGGUUACAUAGUAAACCAGGACAAGAGCAACACUGAUAAGUGGGAGAAAGAUGAAAUGACAAAGGAGAACUUGUUGGCUAAUGGUAAACUUGAUGAUUAUGAUGAUGAUGAAGAGGAUGAAGACCUAAUGUGGAGGUUACCCAAGGAAGAAACAGACUUUGAAGAUGAUUUUCUGGAGUAUGAUCAGGAGCAUAUCAAAUUCAUUGAUAAUAUGCUAAUGGGAUCAGGGGCUUUUGUGAAGAAAAUUUCGCUCUCUCACUUUUCAACCACUGAUUCAAACUAUGAAUGGAAAGCACCCAAAAAGUCGUCCCUGGGUAAUGUUCAGUUUUCAUCAGAUUUUGAUGAUUUUGACUAUAGCUCUUGGGAUGCUAUGUGCUAUCUGGAUCCUAGCAAGGCUGUUGAAGAGGAUGAUUUUGUAGUGGGCUUCUGGAAUCCAUCAGAAGAAAACUGUGGUGUUGAUGCAGGAAAACAGUCUAUCUCAUAUGACUUGCAUACAGAGCAGUGUAUUGCUGACAAAAGCAUUGCGGACUGUGUGGAAGCCCUGUUGGGCUGCUAUCUGACCAGCUGUGGUGAAAGAGCUGCUCAGCUUUUCCUGUGUUCUUUGGGGCUGAAGGUGCUCCCUGUAAUUAAAAAGACUGAUUGGGAAAGCACUUUGUGUGCUACCAGAGAGAAUUGUAACAGUGAGCAGAAAAAUCUUUCACCAAACUCUGUUUCUGCUUCUGUAGCUAAUUCAGAGCCUUCUCUGUAUAAAGACCUGGAGUAUGGCUGUUUGAAGAUUCCACCGAGGUGUAUGUUUGAUCACCCAGAUGCUGAAAAAACCCUAAAUCACCUUAUUUCUGGUUUUGAAAACUUUGAGAAGAAAAUAAACUACAGUUUUAAGAACAAGGCUUACCUUCUUCAGGCAUUUACUCAUGCCUCGUACCAUUAUAAUACCAUUACUGAUUGUUACCAGCGCUUAGAAUUCCUGGGAGAUGCAAUUUUGGACUACCUCAUAACCAAGCACCUUUAUGAAGACCCACGGCAACACUCUCCAGGAGUUCUUACUGACCUACGAUCUGCUCUAGUCAAUAAUACCAUUUUUGCAUCACUAGCUGUAAAGUAUGACUACCAUAAGUACUUCAAAGCUGUCUCUCCUGAACUGUUUCAUGUUAUUGAUGACUUUGUGCAGUUUCAGAUGGAAAAGAAUGAAAUGCAAGGAAUGGAUUCUGAGCUCAGAAGAUCUGAAGAAGAUGAAGAAAAAGAGGAAGACAUUGAAGUACCAAAGGCCAUGGGGGAUAUAUUUGAGUCCCUUGCUGGUGCCAUUUAUAUGGAUAGUGGAAUGUCUUUGGAAAUGGUUUGGCAAGUGUACUAUCCAAUGAUGAGGCCAUUAAUAGAAAAAUUUUCUGCUAAUGUGCCCCGUUCCCCAGUGCGAGAGCUGCUGGAGAUGGAGCCAGAGACAGCCAAAUUUAGUCCUGCAGAAAGAACUUACGAUGGAAAGGUCAGAGUAACAGUGGAAGUUGUAGGAAAGGGAAAAUUUAAAGGUGUUGGCAGAAGCUACAGGAUUGCCAAAUCUGCAGCUGCGAGAAGAGCACUACGAAGCCUCAAAGCAAAUCAACCUCAGGUCCCAAACAGCUGAGACUCCUCUGAAAAAUAAAUAAAAUGGUGGAAAAAAACCCCCACAUACAAAUAAAGCAAAUUUUUGAAACUGUUGAUGUUGAGAGGAACAAAUUGGAAGACAGAAUUUAAAGUUUGUUUGAUAACAGAAUAGAUAACAAAACAUUUAACAUGUAUAAAAUUUUGGAACUAAUUGUAGUUAUAGUUUUUUGCGCAAACACAAUCUUGUCUUCUUUCCUCACUUCUGCUUUGUUUAAUCACGAGAGUGCUUUAAUGAUGACAUUUAGCAAGUGUUCAGAAUAAUUGUUGUCAGGUCUUUUUGGUUUACUUUUAUUGUCAGUACAGCUUUGCUUAGUGUUAGAAGGCCAGGGAGCUUAUGCCUAAUACAGUUGCUAGAUUUAUAUAUAGUAACCUUGAAAUUCUUCUAUCUGUGCACUAGUGCCAGUCAUAAAGCAGUUGAUAAACUGUACUGGAUGAUUUGGUAUAAGAAAGAAUAAGUGUGCCAGUAUUCUCCUUUUUCUUUAUUUUUUUUUUCUUUUUUUUCCCUCUCCGUGCCAUCUUCUUACAUUAAGGUGGCAUUCCCAAUCAUUAUUGCACUUAUUUGUUAGGGACAGAUUUUAAUUGAAAUGGCUGGCAUACUGGUAGAAUGAAACUUCAGUUUCCUUAUGCCACACAGUCUUGCAUAAAA